GGUUUCUUCUUCUUCCGUCACUCUUUUUCUCAAUCCGCCGCAACUUUUCGUUUCUCAUAGCGUUAAAAUGGCGGUAUCGUACAAUGCAUUAACACAGUCUUUAACGAGAAGUAGCUGCUUCAUCCCCAAAUCUUAUUGCGUUAGAGAUACUAAGCAGAGAAGCAGAUCAAAUGUCGUGUUUGCGUCUAAUGAUAAUAAGAACAUUGCUCUUCAAGCUAAGGUAGAUAACUUAUUGGACCGCAUAAAAUGGGAUGACAAAGGAUUAGCUGUGGCAAUAGCACAAAACGUUGAUACUGGAGCAGUAUUAAUGCAAGGCUUUGUUAAUAGGGAGGCUCUCUCCACAACCAUCAGUUCUCGGAAAGCUACAUUCUUUAGUCGAUCAAGAUCAACCUUAUGGACUAAAGGAGAGACAUCCAAUAACUUCAUCAAUAUUCUUGAUGUGUAUAUUGAUUGCGAUCGUGAUUCGAUUAUUUACCUUGGAACACCUGAUGGACCUACCUGUCACACAGGGGAAGAGACUUGUUACUACACAUCGGUUUUUGAUCAAUUAAACAAUGAUGAGCCUUCAGGAAAUAAGCUAGCAUUAACAACAUUGUACUCGCUAGAGUCAAUCAUUUCCAAGCGGAAAGAAGAAUCAACAGUUCCUCAAGAAGGUAAACCGUCAUGGACAAGACGGUUAUUGACGGAUGACGCUCUGCUUUGCUCAAAGAUCAGGGAAGAAGCUGAUGAGUUAUGCAGAACACUGGAGGAUAAUGAGGAAGUUUCAAGAACACCAUCGGAGAUGGCUGAUGUGUUAUACCACGCAAUGGUGCUUCUAUCUAAAAGGAAUGUGAAGAUGGAAGAUGUUCUUGAAGUUCUUAGGAAACGCUUCUCUCAAUCUGGAAUCGAGGAGAAGCAAAACCGCACAAAAUGACAGUUUUCUUCGAUUGACUGUUUACAUGUAUUUGUGAGAAUUUUUGAAGUUACUCGUACUUAUACUGUUGUUCAUCGUGGAACUUUGUAUUGUAUAAAUAGAUAAUUCUUUGUGAUAAGAAAUAAAUGAGUCCUUUUUAA